ACGGCAACUCUGACUCAUUUUAGGGGGUUAAAUAUGUUUUUCUUGAGCUGAGCUCGUUGCUGUUACUGACUGACACACCUUGGAGCAGCUGUUUACCUGUUUGACCGGGUGUUAGCUGUUGGGAGCUAACGGCAACUAAACCUAGCAACUCCUUAAAGUUAGCCGCUGUUAGACGGAAGCGCGGGCGGAAGUGAAGCGAUUUUAUCUUUAAUGUAAACAUCAAAAAUCUGUCAGAGGAACGGUAGAAGUGAAAUCAUACAUCUUAAAUAUUCGAUCUGAUACUGAAUCUCAACGUGAAGCGAUGUCACAGUAAGAGAUGCUAAAAGAUAAUUCUCUCGUAUUUGAUUAUAGAAGUUUAUUUUGAAGCUCCUGACAGGAAGUUCGGCAGCUUGACGUUGGUCUCCUGCAGCAGUAACGACAACAUAACGGUUAUAAACGGUUAUAAACGGCGGCUGUAACCGUUAUAAAGAGAAACAAACAGCCUGCAGGGAUGUAGAUUUACGGUAUUUUGUGUCCAGACUGAAAUUAGUUUAUAUUAACCAUAAAUAAUGGAAUACUUUGCGUUUUGUGGGCGUGUAUCUGCAGGGUAACGUUACUGGUGAGGAUCAAAUAAAAACCGGAAAGUCCAGUUUGAAGUUUGUCGGACACUAAAAAUCCAACUGCAGGACUUUACAACCCUUUAACAGCAACAGACAUUUCACCCUUUGACUCGUUGUCAGUGUCUGUGUGUGUCUCAGUAGAAGCAGCUGAGAUGUCCCGGCAGCAGUAGAGUCCAGUAGAAGCAGAGCGGAGGUGUGUGUGUGUGUGUGUGUGUGUGAUGUCGCUGCGUUCGAUGCUGCUUUGUUGGCUUUAGCGUCUGCGGAGCUUCAGGAUGCAGAUCCUGGUGGCGAAGCUGCUCGGCCUGCUGGGAUUGUUCGGCCUCAUGCUGGCCGGCAUCCUGGUGCCGGUGCGCCUCCUGCUGGUCGACUACGACAAGGCACACAGAUACAGGAAGGCUCUGUCUCUCUGCAACUCCUUCGGAGGAGGCGUGUUCCUGGCGACGUGCUUCAACACGCUGCUGCCGGCCGUCAGAGACAAGGUGGACGACGUGUUCCGGCAGCUGAAGAUCAGCAGCGAUUAUCCGCUAGCUGAGACGAUGAUGAUGCUCGGCUUCUUCCUCACCGUGUUCGUGGAGCAGGCCGUCCUCACCUUCAGGAAGGAGAAGCCGUCCUUCAUCGACCUGGAGACCUUCAACGCCGGCGGCUCCGAGGCCGGCAGCGACUCCGAGUACGACACGCCUUUCAUCUCUCCGGCGCGGGGCUCGCCGGGGGGCGGCGGCGGCGGCGGCGGUCACCGCUCACACGGACACCAGCACGGACACUUCAGCCCGGCCGAGCUGGCGGGGGCGGGGCCUCUACGCCUCGCCAGCCUGGUCCUGGCUCUGUCGGCGCACUCGGUGUUCGAGGGGCUGGCGCUGGGCCUGCAGGAGGACGGAGCCAAGCUGGGCGGCCUCUUCCUGGGCGUGGCCGUGCACGAGACGCUGGCCGCCGUGGCUCUCGGGGUGAGCGUUGCCAAGGCGGCGCUCGGCAUGAAGGACGCCGCUAAGCUGGGCGUCACCGUCAGCCUGAUGAUCCCGCUGGGCAUGGUGGUGGGCAUGGGCAUCGAGUCGGCUCAGACGCUGGCGGGCGCCAUCGUGUCGGUGGUGCUGCAGGGAUUCGCCGCCGGCACCUUCCUGUUCGUCACCUUCUUCGAGAUUCUGUCCCGAGAGCUGGACGACAAACAGGACCGGCUGCUGAAGGUGCUCUUCCUCAUCCUCGGCUACGGAGCGCUCGCCGCGCUCGUCUUCAUCAAGUGGUGACAGACGCAUCAUCGCCGACACGCACAGCAACACCAAAGCAAAACUCACAACUCUCAGCUGUGAGAGAAGGAAACAUCUGGAGCAGCUGCUCUUCUGACAACACAAACUAUUGAUUCUCUGAGUUUAUAACUAACAGUUAUUUUCAUUAUUGAUUGAUCAACCUGCUGAUUAGUUUUUUGAUUAAUAAACUUAGUUGUUUAUCUAUAAUAUAACAAAAAACACACACAUUUUAAUUGACCAACAGUCAAAAACCAAAAGAUAUUCAGUUUAAUAUCAUAUGUAACAAAGAAAAGCAGCAAAUGAUCACAUUUGAGAACCAGCUGAUAUUUUUGCCAGAAAAAUCACUAAAAUGAUAAAUCGAUUAUCAGAAGUUAUUUUCUGAUGAUUCACUAAUCGUUACAGCUCUAACUGCUUGUGCUCCUGACUGAUAUUAUUUGCUUCACCUGUUUUCAUAUUUAAAGGAACAGUUCAACAUUCUGACAAACACGUUUAUUUGCUUCCUUGCUGAGAUUUUAAUGACACCAACGAGCCGGACCAGCUGUUUCCUUUAUGUCUUUAUGCUAAGCUAAGCUAAGCUAAGCUAAGCUAAGCUAAGCUAACCGUAGUGUUAUAUUUAAUAUUCAGACUUGAGAGAUUAAUCCUGAACUCUAAAUCUCAGCGAGAGAUUUUCCAAAAUGUUGAACUAUUCCUUUAAGUGUUGAUCAGAUUGUUCCUACGUCUUUAUCUUACUACUGAAGUCUUUGUCCAUAAUAAGUUAUUUUUCUGAAGUUUGUAAACUUUAUCAUGUAACCAAAUUUACAAAAUAUCAACUAAUAAUCAAAUAAUCUGACUCGACAGUGACAGUACUUUAAUCUCAGGUAUUAAAGGAUAAUUUGAAGUUUUUUUUUUUCUACUUUGACAGAAUAUUCACAUGUGAAGUCACAUCAUGAGUCCAGUGCAGGUAAAAUAUCUGAUAUUUAAAAAGUGUUUAUAUUUACAUGUAAAAACUGUGUUUAUCCUUUAAUGAAACUCCACUCUGAACAGUUUCCUUCAUUUUUUUAUAAACCUGCUGAGUCUCUAAAUUAAGUUCAGACGUUGUUUUUCUACAGUCGGAUGAAGCUGUUAAAUCACAAAUAAAUACACUGGAGACCAUAAAAAAAAGAUACAUAUAAAUAUAUAAAUGUGCAUCUAAUCUUUAUUUUUUUUGACAUGUGUAUUAUUAUUAUGUGUUCAUAUUGUGAUCUUGUUUUGUAUUUAUGAUGGUUUGUGUCCCGCGUCUCAUAUUUUCAUGAAGGAAUUUCUCUUGUGUUUUCUGCCAUUAAACAGAUUAUUAUAAUAUUCA